AUGACUCUGAAAAGCAUUACAAGUAGCAGAAAAGUCAUCAAUCUUAUAAACAAAUUCGGCCAUUGCUGUAGUUAUAAUGUAAUUGAGGAGCUUGAGACAGAAGCUACUUUUUCUGAAUGUAAUAGUGUCAAUAUUUCUCCUGAAGGUGCAAUACUUACACCGAACUUAUGUACAGGUGUAGCGUUUGAUAAUUGUGAUCGGUAUGUUGAAACCUGCACCGGCAAAGACAGUUUGCAUGAGACUGUAGGAAUUUUAUAUCAAAAUAUUCAAACAGAUGAUGACUAUACACCUCGUGGAAGUAAUGAUAAUGUAGAACCACCAGUACAUAAAAAAAGACGAACUUUCGAUGCAAUAAUUCCUGAAUUAAGCCAAUACGUAAAAAAACCUUCAUUUCGUGAAAAGCUUUUACCAAUUAAUAGUGAGUUGCGCGUAAUAACGUCAGAUAGAUAUUUGUGUAAAGGACAACCAGUUGAGAGAUUUUGGAGAUUUUACGUCCCCGACGGACACGAUGCCAAAUCAAUCGCUGCAUGCGUUUUAAAUGUUGUAAAUCCAUUACUAGAUCAAAAUCCAAACAAAUUAAUAGCUCAAAGCUAUGAUGGUGCGUCUGUUAUAAGUGUUUAUGAAAAUAGGAAAGACCUGAUUGAAGUUAUGGACAAUAUAGAAAGUACUUCAUGCGAUUCUUCGUCGAUUAAUCAAGCCAGUGGGUACAAAUUAAAGCUGCAAGAUACAAAUUUUGUAUUUUGGCUAAGUAUUUUCCAUAAAAUAAUGCCACAUGUUGAAAUUGUCUUUAACCAAUUACAAAAAGUAUGCACCGAUUCUGUUAAGGUCAAAAAUGAUUUAGAGAAUUUUGAAGCAGCAAUUCAAACCAUACGAGAACAAAUGGAUAGCAUUAUUGACGAGAUUGAACGAGUGCAGAGAGAAACUGAUGAACCGGCAAGAAAAAAAGGCAAGUUGAAGAAGGCAGCAAAAAACGGGAAGCGUUAG